AUGUCUGUCUACACUAAGUUCGCUAUCAUCGGGGCUGGUGGCGUCGGUGGCGUCGUCGCCGACGAACUGCUCAACAAAGCUAAUGCUGUGUCGGUCGUUAUCCUCACGCGUGACGAGUCCAAACCAGAGCUACAGGCCUUUAAGGCACGCGGUGCCACGCUGUACCAGGUUUCGUAUGACAACGAGACCGCCGUCAAGAAGGCGCUCAUCGGUAGCGAGGUCGUUGUCAGCGCCGUGUCACCUACCAACAUGGUCGUACAGAAGGCCAUCGUGCACGCAGCCAAAUUGGCUGACAUCCAGCUGUUUGUCCCCGCCGAAUAUGGCCUCAAGGUUACUGAAGGCCCGAGCGCGAGAUCCCAAUCUUGCAGCAUAUCGUCUGCUUGUCAGCGAGACUUAGCGUAG